CAGCCUCCCCUACACUUGCUCUCAUUAGAAUAUCUCUCGAACGCUGCUCCCUGUCCACUCAUCCCACAACUCAAAAUCACGAUGCCUCUCUACAACGUUACCCUGAAGAAAGACUCCCCCAUCGAGGAGCUUCACAAAGCCAAGGAGGCUGCAAAGGAGAAGGGAGGAACCAUCAAGCACGAGUACACCCUGAUCAAGGGUUUCACCGUUGAAUACCCCGACGACCUCGUUUCAGUCUUCGAAUCAAGCGAACACAUUCAUGUUGAGCAGGAUGGGGAGGUUAAGACUCAGUGAUGGGGGUCUAGCGCUCUUCAUGGACUCUGAGCAAUAGAGCAAAUACGCUGCCUUCUGAGCUGUUUCGAACCAUCACUGAGCUAAUGUAUGAGUUACGGAUCUGACUUUUAUGCUUUAUGACAAGAGAAUACACCGAAUUCAUCGAGAAUAGUUUUUAUGCAAUGUUGAAGCGCCUGUUUAUUGAGGUGCCGAUAACUGAAUCACGAUGCGAUCAGUUGGAGCGUACUUGGUACCUGAGAUGUAGGAAAUGGCGAGUACCGUUCUGUUGAUUGUAAUGUGAUCGCUGCCCCUCCUCUCUCUUAUAUAAACGCUAUCACAUUCAAAAUCCC